UUCAUACAUAGACUGUAGCUAAUCCUUUUUUUCUAUAUACUGCCCUCUUGUGGCUGAACCUAAGCAUUGCAUACAUACAUGCCUAGAGUCCAAUAGCUAAUCCUUUCUAUCUGUAUACUGCCUUCUUGUGGCUGCAUUUAAGCAUUGCAUACAUACAGACGUAGAGACCUGUAGUUAAUCCUUUCUAUCUCGAUACUUCUCUCUUGCGGCUGCAUCCGAGUAUUGUAUAUAUAGAUACUUAGAGGCCAGUAGCUAAUCCUUUCUAUUUAUGUCUAUGUGGUUGCAUCGGAGAGCUGUAGUCAUUGAAUUGGUGCUUCUUUCUUCAAGGAACCCAAAGUAACCCCUUGAAAUAUAUUUUCCACCAUUCACUCAGUGUCUUCAUCCUUCCUUUUGCGGUCCCAGCCUUGCGACAUUGCCUUCAUGUGGCUUUCUGGUUGCUUUCAAGCCAAAAACUUUUUCAAACUUUUCCAAAUGGGUCCGGUUUUCCAGUUUUAUAAUUUUAUGGCUGGUUCGGAAACACAUUCAGCUCCUUAUCUCACCUUUGGAGAAGUCCUUUCUCCUUUCUGGUGUGUGUGUGUGUUUCCCCGUCAACUUGCACCCCCAAAAGAAGGAAGUGCGGGAGGGGGUGGGGGAAAGGAGAGAGGAAGGCACACUCUCACGCACAGCCACCGCCUUUGGGUUUCAUGCGCUUGGGUGGCUCAAAGCAGCACCGGAAAGAGAAGAAAGAAGGCUCCCUCCAUCGUCAUGUUUCUGCACGGGGCUCAGUGACAUCCAGAGGGGCCUUUGUCUGACUUGAAUCUGGAUUAAACUGGAGUACAGACUGGAGGAAGACGAUGGGCAGCAAGGAGCGCUUCCAUUGGCAGAGCCACAAUGUCAAGCAGAGCGGGGUGGACGACAUGGUCCUGCUCUCCAAGAUCAACGAAGACGCCAUCGUCGAGAACCUCAAGAAGCGCUUCAUGGACGACUACAUUUUUACUUACAUCGGUCCGGUCCUCAUCUCCGUCAACCCCUUCAAACAGAUGCCUUACUUUACAGAUCGAGAAGUGGAACUCUACCAAGGAGCGGCUCAGUAUGAAAACCCACCCCAUAUCUAUGCCUUGACAGACAAUAUGUACCGCAACAUGCUCAUAGAUGCAGAGAACCAGUGCGUAAUCAUCAGCGGCGAAAGUGGCGCCGGGAAAACCGUGGCUGCCAAGUACAUCAUGGGCUACAUUUCCAAAGUGUCCGGUGGCGGUGAAAAAGUUCAGCACGUCAAGGACAUCAUCCUCCAGUCCAACCCGCUGCUUGAAGCCUUCGGCAACGCCAAAACCGUUCGGAACAACAACUCCAGCCGAUUUGGGAAAUACUUCGAGAUUCAGUUCAGCCGCGGAGGGGAACCUGAUGGAGGAAAGAUCUCCAACUUCCUGCUGGAAAAGUCCCGGGUGGUGAGCCAGAACGAGUGCGAGAGGAACUUCCACAUCUACUAUCAGCUCAUUGAAGGUGCUACGGCGGACCAGAAACACAACUUGGGUAUCAUGACCCCAGACUACUAUUAUUACCUCAACCAGUCAGAGACGUAUGUUGUGGAUGGGACCAACGAUUGCAGCGACUUCCAGGAAACCAUGAAUGCCAUGGAUGUAAUCGGCAUUGCUCGCCAAGAUAAGCAACUCGUCCUACAGAUCAUCGCCGGCAUCCUUCACUUGGGCAACAUUGGCUUCCAGGAGCAGGGCAACUAUGCGCAAGUGGAAAACCCUGACUUACUCGCCUUCCCGGCUUAUCUUUUGGGUAUCGACAAGGACCGCCUGAAUGACAAGCUGACCAGCCGCAAGAUGGACAGCAAAUGGGGGGGACGCUCCGAGUCCAUCAAUGUCACUCUCAAUGUCGAGCAGGCCUCCUACACCCGGGACGCCCUGGCCAAGGGACUCUACUCCCGUGUCUUCGAUUUCCUGGUGGAGUCAAUCAACCGGGCAAUGCAGAAACCAAAUGAAGAAUAUAGCAUUGGCGUCUUGGACAUUUACGGCUUUGAAAUAUUUCAGAGAAACGGCUUUGAGCAAUUCUGCAUCAACUUUGUGAACGAAAAGCUGCAGCAGAUCUUCAUCGAGCUGACCCUCAAAGCUGAACAGGAAGAGUAUGUUCAGGAAGGCAUCAAAUGGACCCCGAUUGAGUAUUUCAACAACAAAGUAGUGUGCGACCUCAUCGAAAACAAGCUGAAUCCUCCAGGCAUCAUGAGCAUCUUAGAUGAUGUCUGCGCCACAGUGUAUGCCAAAGGGGACGGGGCCGACCAGACGCUGUUGCAGAAGCUGCAGUCGGCUGUUGGGACUCACGAGCAUUUCAACGGUUCCAGCGGCGGAUUCGUCGUCCACCACUAUGCUGGCAAGGUUUCCUAUGAUGUGAGCGGAUUUUGCGAACGGAACAGAGAUGUCCUAUUCACCGACUUGAUCGAGCUGAUGCAAAGCAGCGAGUUCGCUUUCAUCCGGACACUCUUCCCCGAAAAACUGGACGCGGACAAAAAAGGACGGCCCACAACAGCCGGGAGCAAAAUCAAAAAACAAGCCAAUGACCUGGUGAACACGCUGAUGAAGUGCACCCCGCACUACAUCCGCUGCAUCAAACCCAACGAGACCAAGAGGCCCCGCGACUGGGAGGAGAGCAGGGUGAAGCAUCAAGUCGAGUACCUGGGUUUGAAGGAGAACAUCCGAGUCCGCCGGGCCGGCUUUGCCUACCGCAGGCUGUUCCAAAAAUUCCUGCAAAGGUAUGCCAUCCUCACCCCAGAGACCUGGCCAAGGUGGAGGGGAGACGAGCGCCAGGGGGUCCAGCAUUUGUUGAGGUCCGUCAACAUGGAUGCCGACCAGUACCAGAUGGGUCGCACCAAGGUUUUUGUCAAGAACCCAGAGUCGCUCUUCCUUCUUGAAGAGAUGCGGGAACGGAAGUUUGACGGAUUCGCCCGGGUCAUCCAGAAAGCGUGGCGACGCCACAUUGCCAUCCGGAAAUACGAGCAAAUGCGGGAAGAAGCCUCCCACAUCCUGUACAACUUCAAGGAGAGGCGAAGAAACAGCAUCAACCGAAACUUCGUGGGCGACUACCUGGGCAUGGAGGACAAACCUGAACUCCGCCAGUUCUUGGCCAAAAGGGAACGGAUUGAUUUUGCCGACUCGGUCACCAAAUACGACCGAAGGUUUAAGCCGAUCAAGCGUGACUUCAUCUUGACCCCCAAAUACUUCUAUAUGAUUGGCCGAGAGAAGGUGAAAAAAGGCCCCGAGAAAGGUCAAAUCCGAGAGGUGCUGAAGAAGAAAGUGGAAGUCCAAGCUGUGAAUAGAGUCUCGCUCAGCACCAAACAGGAUGAUUUUUUCAUCCUCCAUGAAGCGGAGGUGGAUACAUUCCUGGAGUCCAUUUUCAAGACGGAACUCAUCAGCCUUCUGUGCAAGCGGUAUGAAGAAGCCACCCGGCGGAAACUCCUCCUCAACUUCAAUGACACGCUACAGUUCCGGGUCAAGAAAGAAGGCUGGGGAGGCGGUGGGACUCGGACAGUGACCUUCAUGAGUGGUCAAGGCAGCGCCGCUGUCCUCAAGGCUGGAGGGAAGACAUUGACCGUCUCCAUUGGGAGCGGAUUGCCAAAGAACUCCAAGCCCACCAGGAAAGAAAUCCACCACAGCAAAGCUCACCAGAGGCCAAAAGGACCCCCACGAGCCACACCGCCAGCCCCAAGAGGGGGACCUCCUUCGGGGAAUUUCCGGAAUGGUGCCGCACAGUUUCCCCGCAACAGCAGCCGUCUGCAGGAGGAACCCUACAGCACCCCGAGGCGGGCGGGGCAAGCACCCCCGGCAACGGCGCUCCCCAAGCAAGGGGUUUCGCGGAGGGCCAAGGCCAGGACGCCCUCCGAACACAACAUGGAGUUCCUCAACGUUCCUGACCAAGGAAUGGCUGGGACCCAAAGGAAGCGCAGCAUUAGCCAAAGGCCUCCUCCAGCAGUGGGGAGGCCCAAGCCGCAGCCCAAAGCUACCGGGCCCCGCUGCCGGGCCCUUUAUCAAUAUCUCAGCCAAGACGUGGACGAGCUCAGCUUCAAUGUGGGUGAUGUGAUCGACCUCUUAAUGGAAGAUGCCUCUGGAUGGUGGAAGGGCCGCCUCCACGGGCGCGAAGGCCUUUUCCCCGGAAAUUAUGUACAGAAACUCUGAGGAAAUUUCCCCCGAAACAGAAGGGAAAAAAGGACCCAGUUGUCGGCUCGAAUGCACAAAGGAAAGAAGAAGGAGCCUGUUCGGCCCCAAGGCGGACAAAGGACAUUGCCGAAAACACUGACUCUGUAAAAGGCAGGUUGGUUUUUCAUCCUUGUUUGACAACGUGAAAAGACAAACCGAACGAGGACAUCUUACUGUUUUGGGAUGCUCUGGUGCUAACUUUCAAAAAGGGGAGCAGGUAGGAAUGUGGGGAGGGUUCUUGGUGUAGGAAUAAAGGCAUUAAUGUGCUUUGUAUGUCCGUCGCAGUGCUUCACGGGGAGGAAUAAAUUAAAUAUGCUGUUUGGGAAUGCGAUUAAGUACAUCUUUCAGACGUUAACACCCGUCAACAGACAAGAUAUUGCACCAAUUUUACUGUAAGCUGCUUUGAGUCUUUUUUAAAUGUCCUGUGUUUUGGUCUCUGUCCUGUGUGAUGAAUGUGCAUUUUAUAGAAAUGCUUUUAGGGAACCGAAUUUUAGUAUGUUUGUAGAAUUUUUAUAGUAUUUGUGUGUUUUGGACUGUGCUGUUACCCACCUCAAGCCAUGAGAGGUAGAUAAGAAAUAAAAUUAUUAUUAUUAUUAUUA